AUGAUCAUUCCUGGUUUUGAACAAUACUUUGUUGAAGAUGAUAAUGAUGAAAUAAAUGAUGAAGAUGAUAGUGAAUCAGAUAUGAAUAAUGGAGAAAUUAGUGAUGAAUAUGAAUAUCCAUCAGAUUUUUCGUCAACAACAAUCAGCUCAUCAACAUCUAUUGAUUUAACACUUAUUAAUGAUCUUAUUCAAGAGUCAUUUAAUAGAUUGAUGGAAAACAAUGAAGUGUUUAGAAUUCGGUGCUUUGCGCAUACCAUUCAGCUGGUAGUGAAAGAGGGUUUACAAGAAACUAAAUCAAUUUUAGGUUCUUUAGAAAAAGUUUCUUCAAUUGCAAAACUUGCUCAUACCAGCACAAAAUUUGCAGAAAAAUUAGAUUUAAUGAAAGUAUCUAUUCCUCGUGCAGUAAUCACGUGA